UGCAUAAUAAACACGUGAUUAAAAAAAUUCUUCCUCUGAAAUAGAAAAAAAUGAGAAAAAUGUAAAAUUUCUCCAAAUUUUUAUAGAUUAUUCAAAGUGUAAAAUAUUAUUCGUGAUUUUUGAUACACGAACGUGUUUAAUUAACAACCAUCAGAAUGGCUAACCACAGCAUGAAUCCCAACCGAAAGGUUGAGGAUCUGAAAGGUGUCUCGAAUCCUCGUAGUAAAGCCACCAUUCGGCGACUUCAAAUGUACAAAAAUUUCAAACCUAAAAGAGAUCGUCACGGUAAAAUCAUCAAAGCAGCUCCUUUUCAAAGUUGGCACGCUUCCGGAACCGUUGCUCGAGUCGAGCCGAAUCGUAAAUGGUUCAAUAACACCAGAGUCAUCAGUCAAGACGCUUUACAAAAAUUCCAAACAGAACUCGGAAAGGUGAUGAAGAACCCUUACGACAUCGUCAUGAAACCUACCAAGUUACCAAUCACUUUACUCAACGAGAAAAAUAAACGCGAUCGUGUACAUAUCCUCGACACUGAAAGUUUCGAAACAACUUUUGGUAGCAAGAAAACACGUAAACGUCCUAAUUUAAUGGUCAAAGACGAACAACAAUUAAUGGAGGUGGUCGAUCAAGCUACCGAAACUUACACCGACGAGAAAGAUUACGAUUUAAUUCGAGAUGACGGAGGUGUCAAACCUGCAGCUAGAGAUUGGAUCAUGUCUGCCGGCCAAAGUAAACGUAUAUGGAAUGAAUUAUACAAAGUGAUAGACGCAUCCGAUGUUGUUAUUCAAAUACUAGACGCUCGCGAUCCGAUGGGUACUCGAUGCCCGUACAUAGAAAAAUACCUCAAGAAAGAGAAACAGCAUAAGCAUUUGAUAUUCAUAUUGAAUAAAGUCGAUUUAGUUCCAGUUUGGGUUACUCAACGUUGGGUGGCAAUUUUAAGCCACGAGUAUCCUACCGUCGCUUAUCACGCUUCGUUAACUCAUCCUUUCGGUAAGGGUGCGUUGAUUAAUUUAUUACGUCAAUUCUCCAAACUGCACACCGAAAGAAAACAAAUCAGUAUUGGUUUCAUCGGAUACCCGAAUGUUGGUAAAAGCUCCGUUAUUAAUUCUCUAAGAUCGAAAAAAGUCUGUAAAGUCGCCCCCAUACCAGGAGAAACCAGAGUAUGGCAGUAUAUCACGUUAAUGCGUCGAAUAUUCUUGAUCGAUUGUCCCGGCGUCGUAUACGAUGCUGCUAACGUCGAAACAGACACCGAGAAAAUUCUCAAAGGAGUCGUUCGAGUUGAAAUGGUACCCGAUCCCGGUCAAUAUAUUCCAGCUGUGUUGGAACGUGUAAAACAAGAACAUUUAGCUCGUACUUAUCAAGUAUUCGAAUGGACCGAUGCGGACGAUUUUAUCGAAAAAUUAGCUAUGAAAACGGGUAAACUGUUAAAAGGAGGCGAUCCAGAUAUCGACGUUAUUGCUAGAAUGAUUUUGAACGAUUGGCAACGUGGUAAAUUACCCUUCUAUACGGCUCCUGCGGGUUUCGAGAUUCCACUCAGUGCCAAGACCACCGAAGAACCUGCAGCCGAAGUUAAAGUCGAUAAUCCAUUAUUAACGGUUAAGCAAGAUUUCAGUAAAAUUAAACUAACCACGUUCUACCCUGACGAACCCGAGUACCAAGCCGAACCUGUAGAAAGUGAAGAUGAAGAACCAGACCAACCUCCUCAACAAGUAGACUCUCAAGAAGAUGAAGAUUCUCCUGAUACCGACGAAGAAACCGAGAAGUUAGAAAAGAGAGCGAUUAAGAAAGAAAUGAGACAGCAAGCUUUCAUGGAUACAUUGACCAGUAAGCAGAAACGUAGUUUAUUCAGACAAAUGAAACGAAAGAAAACUGGUAGCGAUUUCUACGAAGUGACCAAUGUUAAAAAUAAAAAUUUGAGUAAGAAAGCUAUGUAAUUAUGAAAAUAAAAAAGUGAUUUAUUUUGUAAAAAUUCAAUUGUGUUUGAUUUCUUGUUGAGAAUUGAACAAAUAAAUACUGUGUAUUGAUGAUUUUAUUA